AUGAGUCGCGACAUUGAACUUGAACAAGAAAAAUCAUUUGAAACAAACACGAACAAGAAACAAGUUUUCGUGGAACAACAACAUCUCAAUGCCGUAACCAAAAAAUGGGAAGAGACAUCACGUUGGUUGAUCUACGAGGAAUGCAUCGAAGAAGGUUCCAACAAAUGGAGUCAUCCAUUUUUGCCGAUUGUAUAUUUGCCUGCGGUCAAAGUAAUGUCUCUGAAUUUGUGUCAAGAGAACAUUUUUACGGAAAUGCAUCCCGAAACGUAUCAGGAACUCAUUUCGAAGAUACGACUUGACACAAAUAACGAACGAAAUGUCGAUGACCUGAAAUGCUUGAAACGUAUUUUGGGUUAUGAGCACGUUCAUCAACCCGAUUUGACGAAAGAUAAAGGAAGUAAUAAACGAUUCGGGCAAAAAAUCAAAGCUGUGAGAGCUGCUUCGAUCCUCACGGGCGUUUGUGAGGAACUGAGUAAGCCCAUUUGUGUUUUCAUCCGUUUGCAUGAACCGAAAUAUUUUAAAGAAUUGACGGAAAUUGAAGUUCCAACGAAGUUUAUUAUGAUUUACGUGUCGAAUACGACACAAGGCGUUAACGCAGAAGAAGUUGGAAGAGCUUUCGCAGCAUUAAUUACUGAUCGAGACUUUCUCGACUAUUGUUAUAAACAUCCCCAUUUGGAUGGCUUUGAGAAAGAAAUCAAAAAAUAUCUCGCCAAAUGUUGCGUUUUACCUCCGUUAUGGGAUCACAACACUCGAAUUGAUCCCCAAACGAUUUCCGAUCCAAGACAAUAUGAUGAACUUGAGUCGAUAACUCUCGAAGAGCAAGAAAAUUUGGAAUUUCGAAGUCAAAAUGGACUUGUACGUUCAGGAAUCAUCUUCGGAGGCUUCGUUCGCGACAUACGAAGAAAAGCUCCGCAUUAUUUGUCGGAUUUUAAAGGACUUUUCAAUCCUCAGAUCAUCUCGACGGUACUUUUCAUGUACUUUGCGUGUCUCACAGCGAUCAUAACUUUCGGAGGACUGCUCGCAAAAGCGACAAAUAAUAAUCUCGCCGCCAUCGAAUGUAUCAUGGGAGCUUUAAUCAACGGAGUUAUGUAUGCUUUGUUUUCGGGACAACCCUUAUCGUUGCUCGCAGCGACAGGACCAAUUCUCAUCUACGAAACGAUCGUUUUUGACCUUUGUGAACAAUUCGGCUUCGAUUAUAUGACAUUCCGUUUUUGGAUUGGAAUGUGGGCAAGUUUGUUCUUGCUGAUACUCGUUGCGACAGAUGCGAGUGCACUGAUGAGCUUCGUAACGCGUUUCACCGAAGACAGUUUCUCGAUGAUGGUAUGCGCUAUUUACAUUUCCACUCCAGUAAAUUAUUUAAUUAAAAAGGGCAGAGAUAAGGUGUUUGAUGUAGAAUUAAAUUGCGCAAACAAGGCGAAUGCUACGACAUUGGAGCUACAAGAAUGUAUUGAAACGGAAAAAGAUGAAGCGACUUUUUUGAUGUCGAUGAUUUUGGUUGUUUUUACGUGUCUCCUUGCGAUUUUUUUGACAAAUUUCAAGUCAACACCCUUUUUCGCUUAUCGCGUGCGUGUCAUGAUCGGGCAAUUUGCUGUUUUUGCUACAAUUGUUUUGAUGUCGGGCUUUGAUUACUUCAUGGGACUCAAAACAGACAAACUUCGCACUCCAGAAGGCUUAAAUCCAACAAGCAAUGAACGAGGAUGGUUUAUUCCGCCAACACACGAAAAAAAUCCAACAUGGUCGAUAUUUGCUGCUAUCAUCCCGGGCAUUGUAGCGACAAUUUUGAUCUUUUUGGGCAACCAGAUAACAGUUUUGAUCAUUUGUCGCAAGGAAAACAAACUGAAAAAGGGCGUCGGCUUCCAUUUGGAUUUAUUCCUCAUUACCGUAAUUGUUUUUGUGAAUUCUAUUUUUGGGCUUCCAUGGUUCAACGUUGCUGUUUUAUUGAGUAUGGGACAUCUCGAAGCUUUAAAAGUAGAAAAAGCUCCCGAAGCACCCGGAGCGAAAAUGAAAUUUCAAGGUUUUAUCGAACAACGACUUUCAGGCUUACUUGUGUCACUUUUGCUCGGAGCUUCGGUAUUUUUGACGCCUUUAUUGCGUUUCGUGCCGAUGCCUGUGUUGUAUGGCGUCUUUUUGUAUCUCGGAGUGUCGUCAAUUAAGAAAUUGGAAAUUUUACACAGACUCGCAUUAUUCUUCAUGCCUGUCAAAUACAUGCCAGAUUAUCCAUUUUUGCGAAGAGUGUCGCUAAAACGCGUUCAUAUCUACACUCUCACGCAAUUUUCUACCUUUGUGCUUUUGUGGAUUUUAAAAUCCUUCAGAGAAACGGCAUUAUUGUUUCCCGUCGUGUUGGUUUUCAUGAUUUACGUGCGUCAAUUUCUCGAAAAGUACUUUUCGCAAGACGAAUUGAGGAUGUUGGACGAGUAUUUGCCGCAUUCGACGCCGAGACCACGCAAAACGGUAUAUCAAUUCGCGAGAAAUCCGCCCGAAACGUUCAUGAAUGUGAAAAAAGCGAUUCAUCGGAUCCAUAGAAUGAGUAUCAGUAGCAUUAAGACAAAAAAUGAUCAAAUAUUUUGA